UUCCAUCCUCCAUUCUUUUCCCCGAUCACACACACACACACGCUCUCUCUCUAUAUAUAUAUCCUCCCUGUCGUUCUCCCUUCCUGGCGUUCUUUGGCAUCAUUCUGUUAAUCCCCUUUCCCCAUAUCUCUCCCCCUUUUUCCUUAAUCAAAUCCUUCUUCCUCUUCCCUUCCCAAUAGCUUUAUGCCAAAGCUAUCUCAAUUUCCUCCCCUCUUUCGGUUACUGAUCGAUUCCCAUCUCUGAAAAAACCCACCAAAAAAUAUCAGAAAUAAUCCCAACUUGCUCCACCCUCCAAUUAGUCCUGGCCUUUAUUCCCCCACUAUUUAUCUCUGCACUUCUGAUCAAAUUCCUCCACCCCAAGUUUCGAGCUUACUCGCAGAUUUGCCCGAAAUCCGGGAUUCGGGAUUCCGUGUCGGGUCCAUUUGUGAUCUGUGGGUUCUGUCUUCGGACUUCUUGAGGUUUCAGCUUCAGGGAGAGGGAGCCGGCAGUGUUCUUGUCUUGAUGAUAAACUCGGUAGUCCUGAUCUUUGAGACCCAUGUGUCCGAUUCUCAGUGAGCUGCUCCUGUCGGGUUGCAUGAUAAGCUCCUCGUUCAGGCGCAGGACCCACCUCGUCCAGUCCUUCUCCGUUGUCUUCCUCUACUGGCUCUACUAUGUCUCAUAGUUCCAUCAUCGUCACCCUCCCCAAGCUCUUCUAUAGUCAUAAUUAGCUUAAUUACUACCUCAAUAGUCUCCGCAGAACAUCAUCAGUGUCCCUUUUUUUAGUCUCUGUCUGUCUAUUUCUAGUUUGAAGCUCGAGUCCGGCAUCAGAUAGGGGUCGGGAUCGUGGCAAGGAAACCAUCAAAUAUCAGAAGUCUGUCUAUCGAGUCCGGCGUGUGAUUAAUCCCUGAUGACUGGGUGCUGCUGUCAGAAUACGGUCCACUCGACUCGCUCAGCCAAGACGAUCAUAAUUGUCCGCAGCUGAAUAUAUCCUGACAGGAGGCUUCCAGGGGCGGCCCAUGGCUUCCUCCAGCGGGACAUCUUCAGGCUCGCCGUCACUGAACCAGACCUCAUGCUCCAACGAGGACCUUCAAACCCUGCUGGACCAGAGGAAGAGGAAGAGGAUGAUCUCCAACAGGGAGUCGGCGAGGCGGUCCCGAAUGAGGAAGCAAAAACAGCUCAAUGAUCUGAUCGCCCAGUCCUCUCAGCUCAGGAGCGAGAAUCAACAGAUUACGAGCAGCAUUGGCAUCACCACGCAGCACUACCUGCACAUCGAGACCGAGAACUCCGUGCUGAAAGCCCAAGUCGGCGAGCUCAGGCACAGGUUGGAAUCACUGAAUGAGAUCAUCAGCUUCUUGAGCCCAAUGGGCAGUGGCGGCGGUCAUGGAGUUUUCGGGAUUGGCCAAUUGGGCUUCGGGGCCAUGGUUACUCAACAGCCCGUCAUGGCAUCAUCAGGUGACCUAUUCCAUUGUUGAUCAGAACGAUUCCAUCACAGGAUAAGGUUUAUUAUCAUAGAUCAAUUCCAGUUUCAGCGUCUCCUCACGUGUCAUACUACUCGAGGCGAGUAGGGCAAUCAUGUGAUGGGUGUAUCACUAGAUCCUGCUGUUAUGUAAGCGAGUCUUUGCAUGCAUGCAUUUGUAAAACCUAAUAAGUAUAUAUCUAAUAUGGACCUUCUCGUCCGAAUAUAGACUUUUGCAUUUCAUUAGAGCAUCUAAGAGCCAUAGAGUAAUGUAGUUCCUUGAUUAGUAAUUGUUAUCGUACGAAGUUUGUAACUCGACCUUGCCCGGAACAGGAGAAUCAUGGGCAGAAUUGCUUUCGUGUUUGGAUUUUAUAUAUGGAACGUUAUCAUUUCGGAUGCAAA